AUGAGGCCCACAAUCGCCGUCCUGCUGGCCGUGCUCGCAACCUGUAGCGCCACCGUCGACGUCGCUGGCACUCGGACGACCGUGGACGUCCUCAGGAGCAUCUACUACAGGUGCGCGAACGACGAGUCGAUGCUGUCGUGCGCCAAACCCAAAGUCCUCAAGUACUUAAGCGACGCCAUGCAGCAGGAGCGAUUGCCGAUCACUGCCGAUCUGUCGAUCGUGCGGUCACGCAGCGUUCCCGAGGACAGCGAGUUCGACGAGUACCUCUCGGCCCAGGACACCGUGGACCCCAACAGGCGGGAACAGCUGCGCUCUCUGAUGCUCGAGAAGCUCGACAACUACCUCGCCAGCCAUGUCCUCGAAGCUAGGCUGCCCGAGGAGAUAGCCGGCUCGAGCAUCGUGCCCCGGUCGCUCAUCGACUCGGUGCCCGCCAGCGUGAGCGUGGCCCUCAGCGACGCGCCCAAUGGGAACGGUCGAGGCUUCGUCAAGAAAGUCAUGAUCCCGUUCCUCCUGGGGCUGAAGUUCAAGGCCACGGCCCUGGUGCCCCUCGCUUUGGCGCUCAUCGCCCUCAAAACCUGGAAGGCAUUGACUCUCGGUCUGCUCUCGCUGGUGCUCAGUGGGGCCAUGCUCAUCUUCAAGCUGACCAAGCCCAAGGUCGCCUACGAGGUCGUCCACUUUGGACACCCACCCGUCGAGCACCCGCCCCACUGGGACGCGCCCGUGGCUGCUGCCCACGGACCCUACAGGGCGUAUAGGAAGUAG